AUGGGAGAAAUCGGCGCCUCAUCCCUUCUCAAGAUUGCCAAAGCAGCCUGUAUAAAAGCUGCUCCAGGUCUUACUGACAUCGGAGACGUUCAUUACGAGUUAAUCCGUCCUAUACUCAAGACAGCAGUUAUAAAUCCCGAACAGCUUCACAUAAUUGAACUCAAUUCUCCACAAAUAAAGGGCCAAGAUGCAGAACUUUGGAAAGCUUUCAUCGCUCGGGACAUUCCUAAUUGGCGAACAAAGAAUUAUGUACCAAGGGACCCUACGAAGUGGUAUGAAGUGUACCAAAAAUAUAAAAUCGAGCAUGAAGUGGAAAUAGCUCGCGACCGUGAAAACCUCAAAAAUUCAAUGAAUGCAUUGCAGCAACGCAAACAAGAUCAUGUCAGCAAAUUCGUCGAUAUCCGAGCACUACCUAAGAUUCCCAGAGACUAUGGAAUGCGACCAAACAAUGGAGGUGUUCCUUUGACCAAGGGAAGGGGACUUCAAGGUGCUGCUCCUAGUUCUUUGAGUUGGGGUGCAGGUAGCAGAACGAAGAUGAAGGAUGGUACAAGCGUUUUGACGAGAGCACGUCGAGAAGCCAAGGAAAUGAGCCAAAGAAGCAAGCUUAGUACGCCAACUAGCAUGUUGUCGGGACGGCUUGGACAAGUCAAAAAAGCACCUGCUGGAAUGGCUCAAGGAUAUAAGAUUGCCAAUCAACCUGGAUUAAGGGUCUUGGCGAGACAUAGAUCGUCUGGCAGAAGUUCGGCUAGCGUUAGUGGACCAUCUCUUGAGGAUCGUGAACAAAGAUUACGAGAUGCAAUGGCUGGUAAAAAGCGAGACCACAAUGACAAUAAGGAGACAUUAGUUGGAUCUCCUCCCCCUAGAUCACCCAGCUCGCCAAAUUAUCAAAAUUUUGACGAUGAUGCGGCCGACCUUUUUGAUGAUGAGGAGGAACUUCAGCCACCUUCCAGAGCAAGUCGGCCACCACCUCGUAAGGUCAUCAAACCAAUUUCACCAUCGGCUCGGCUCUCUUCUUCUCCUCCACCAUACAAUGGAGCGUCAAAGCCAUUCGACGUUAUCUCAUCUUUGGUCCAAAAGUCCAACAACUCUUUCUCACCAGCAUCGUCAUCUAGAUCAGCAACACCCAAACCUAUGAUGCCCGUUCGCAAAAGACCUGCCAAUGUCGAUAUCUUCAACCGUGGACCCAAGAAACCUAGAAGAUAA